AUGUAUUCCGAAAGGGUACAACACGUCAUAAUGCUGAAAAAUGGUGUUUUGGUUUUGGUGCUGGUAGUAUAUUUAUUCUCCGUCUGCAAUGCCAUGACAAUUGAUCCAGAAUUCGCUAUGUGCUACAGUGUGUGCCCAACCACUACUGCUUCGACAACAACCACUACUACACCAGCUCCUACACAAACUUCCUCAACCGCUACUACACCAGCUCCUACACAAACUUCCUCAACCGCUACUACACCAGCUCCUACACAAACUUCCUCAACUACUACUACACCAACUCCUACACAAACUACCUCAACCACUGCUACAUCAGUUCCUACAAAACUUACCACUUCAUCGACACAUACACCAACCACAACCACUAUUUCAACUCAAACACAGUCUAACACAACCACUUUGAUGACGUAUGUGCCUACUGCAACAACCAUCUCUUCGGGACAAUCUUCCAAAUUUACUCCAUCAACGCAACCUACCAUAUCGACAGCUGCUGAAACAACUCCGACUAAUACAGCUAUUAAUACAACAAUGGUGUCAUCUAUUUCCCUCACUACUGUAAACGUAUCGAUGACUACCAUUAAUGAAUCAAACAAUGCAAAAACAAUGACGCCAACUAUAAAAACUACCGAAACAGCAGCUGCACACACAUCCAGGAAUACUCAUACUCCAUCUUUAACAACUUUGGAUCCAUCUCAAACCACAGUUUAUCAAAGUACCAAGGUAAAUACAACUUCAGAUAAAACGAAAAGCUCGUCUGCUACGUUAUCUACAACACCUGUAACAAACAAAACAGAAAAAAUGAACACGACAUCAUCUAUUCUGGAUACUAAGUCCACUCUUCCAAUGUCUAAUGGUAACCCUAGAGAUAACACCACAACGACAACAACAGCAACAAAGACAAUGGAAUCGACAACUGUUGUGACGACAUCAGAUGCAACAAGCAUGAAAGUCGACCAAACAACAAACGGUUCCUCAGAUAACUCAACAAACGAUAAAGUAAGCACACCAAAAUCAUCGAUAUCGGGUGACGCGACAAGGAGCACUUCAGCAAUGACCUAUACAUCAACUACAUCAAUAAAAACAACGUCUUUUACCGAGUCAACGACAACAUCGAGAACUGUUCCUGAUUCCUCAGUUGAUCCAAACGGAGGCAUGACAACAGCAAACAUGACAUCCGGGUUAUUCACAACAGAAGCGACAACUAAUCCAUCGUCAAUUUCAUCCACAUCCACAGAUGCAAUGACAACAUCGAUAUCUACAACUAAAAUCCCGGUUACAUCCAACACUACAAGUCCUGUAACAAAUACCACGGUCACAACACAUUCCAAAGAUACUCCAUUCGUUUCAACAACAACAGUACCGUCAACAUCACUCGCAUCCACAGUAAGAGUGCCAUCCGUGAACACAACACCAUUAAAAUCAACAACGACAACAAGAACACCAAUAACAGAUUUGACCUCUACGGCUAAUUCAACAAUAGUGACGCCAAGUAAAGAAUACUUAUCUACAUCCGUAACAUCUCCCAGAACACCAGGCGUUGUGUCCAACCCAUCAUCCACUAACGCACUCUCAAAUACACCAACUCUGACUAGCUCAUCCGUAUCCGCAACAGAUACAUCAACGAAUACUCCAUUUGCUUCUUCAGCAACUAAAUCUGAAGGAAGUACGGGAGUAACUUCAAAUACCACAUUUUCGUUCUUGACUACGAAUUUAAAUACAAGUGAGAUAAUUUCAACAACUACAGCAUCUACUUUAGAUAUGACUAAAUCAAGUCCGACGAAUUCUAAUAUAACGUCCGCAACACUCUCAUCAACUGCUUAUACUACUGAUACAUACAAUAACACUGCAAUUAAUAAAGUUACGACUUCAACAGCGCUCAACACAUCAACAUCAUUGUCUUCAACAACUAAAGAUGCGUUCACAACAGCCACAACUACAACCUCACCAACUCCGACAACAACAACAACGCCAUCCACAACAACUAUAGACUGCAUAGCAGUUUGUCGAGCCUGGGGAAGAACGCCUAUCUUAACGUCAUCUUCACUUGUGACGUCAUCGUCAUUACCAUCGUCAUCAGUGACGGCGUCUCCGUCACCGUAUGACAAUGUGGAACCUCAAUGGACAAUAGCUGUUUUCCCGUUACAUUUUACAAUUUCCUUUAACGUUCCUUGGAGUUCAAGCUAUGACGUAACAACAUCAAAGGUUUAUUUAAGCAUAUCGAACAAAAUCCUAAUCUUUUUAGAGUCUGUUUACAUUCACAUCCCUGGCCUUCGUAGUUCGACAGUUAUUGAUUUAAGGCGCGGAAGUGUUGUGUGUACCUACUCGCUCAGUGUAUCAGCCUCACUGUAUCGAACCCCUGGUGCCUACAACCUCACUAUGGAAAAGAUAAAUGAUGCCCAAGAACAAAUGGAAUCAAUGCGGCUUGCAGCCAACAUUGGGGAGCUUAGUGUGAACUAUAUCAAAAACCAAAGAGGAAUGGAAUUUGCCCAAGCCCUAGAGGACUCCCGAUCGCCUUGUAAUGCUACAAAUAUAUGCCCGUUAGGUUACACGUGCCUUUACACGUCCGGAGAGACUACGUGUGUACACAUGUGUAAGAACGAUAACCCAUGUCACAACGGAGGCACGUGUUAUGUAAAUGAACAGAGCAAGGUUGGAUGCAAAUGUAAGCCUAAUGCAGACCUGGUAUAUUUUGGAGAUUAUUGUGAAAGUUCCGAUGAACGGCUAGCAUUAGAAUCAAAAUACAUUAUAACAAUUGCCUGUGUAUCGGGCGCUGUGCUCAUACUACUUCUGGUAUUUAUCAGCUGUUUAUGUAUUCAGAAAAGACCAUUCGACAGAGGAGAAUAUAGUUUUCAAGAGUUUAACGACGCAUACUACUACAGAUCGACUAAAGAUGAUGUAGAUACUAUACACAAGUUAUAUGCUGUAGAUAACAGGGCUUACGACCACACCUCUCUCGAUACCUAG